AUGACUGCAUCUGUUCGUGGUGCUGCUCUUGGUCUUACAGUUGUGCUGCUAACUUACAACUUGAAGCUUCAUUGGCGGAACAACGAGGAAGGUCGUCCAAACAAACACUCUGUGGUGUACAGGCACGACGCGGACCACACGCAACACAGAAGAAGGUCUCCUCGAAUAUUGUGCUGGGUACUGACACAACCAAAGAAUCUCAAAAACAGAACUACUGCAGUGAAAGAAACAUGGGCAAGUGAGUGUGAUACAACGCUGUUCUUCAGCUCAUUGACUGACUCUACAUUCCCAACGAUCGGACUUGGCUUUGAAGAGAAACGUAGAAAUCUAAUCAAGAAAACUAUGGGUGCACUGCGUUACAUUUUCAAACACUACAUACACAAAGCUGAUUGGUUCCUCAAAGCUGACGACGAUACCUACGUCGUUGUAGACAACGUACGUCACUUCCUGAAAGAAAAGAACCCGGAUGAGCCUGUAUACUAUGGUUCCAAAUUUCGCCUGGAAGAUUUCACCUAUCACAGCGGAGGAGCAGGUUAUGUCAUGAGCAGGGAGUUGUUAAAGAACAUAGUACUACACAGUAAUCAGACACAAGAGUGCGAAGAGAAGGGCGCCGAGGAUAGACGGAUCGGCAUGUGUGUGAAGGCCCUAGGUGGUGUAACCGGAAACAGCACAGAUCACAAUAACCAGGAAGUAUUUCACUGGUCGUCUGCUGAGUAUUUUAUGACAGGACAGACGGACACGACACCUUCUUGGGUACGCAUGCGACAGACAUUUUGGAAACAAGAACAGACAGAGGCAGUGAUCUUGUGUGGUGAUGUUUGUGUCUCGGUCAUAUCAACUGCUCUCAACAGAAACAAGAACAGACAGAGGCAGUGA